AUGCAAGCGUCAAGUGUUUCUGUUAAAGGUAGCAUUUUUGGGGCUCAAAGCCAAAAGGGCUUGUUGGGUUUUGGAGAAUUCAGAGAUGGGAGUGUUCUAAGACCUACAAGAGUUUGCUUGACCAAAAAUUCCAAUUUCUGUGGCUCAAAGCUUGGUUCUCUCACUGUUAAAUCUGAAUUAAGAAGUGGAAGAGUUGGUUUUGGUGGCGUUUUUGUGUCAUCUGCUAAGUCCAGAUCAUUCAGGGUUCAAGCUUCUGGGUUGCAUUCUGAUGGAGAUGCCGAGCACGUUGUCCCCGCCGUUCCUCUGGGAAAACCUUCUGGAACUGUGCUACCUUAUGUUGGUGUUGCUUGCCUCGGAGCCAUUUUAUUUGGAUACCAUCUUGGGGUGGUAAACGGUGCUCUUGAAUACCUUGCUAUUGAACUUGGUAUAGUCGAAAAUACAGUUCUACAAGGAUGGAUUGUCAGCUCGCUACUUGCUGGCGCGACGGUUGGGUCGUUCACUGGUGGAACAUUGGCCGACAAAUUCGGAAGAACUAGGACGUUUCAGUUAGAUGCAAUCCCUCUAGCAAUUGGAGCAUAUCUUUGUGCUACAGCGCAAAGUGUUCAGACAAUGAUCAUUGGACGUUUGCUUGCUGGUAUAGGAAUCGGUGUCACAUCUGCUAUAGUACCGCUAUACAUAUCUGAGAUUUCACCAACUGAAAUCCGUGGCGCGCUCGGAUCUAUUAAUCAACUUUUUAUAUGCAUUGGGAUUCUUGUAGCGCUGGUGGUUGGUCUGCCUCUUGCAGGAAACCCAUUAUGGUGGAGAACAAUGUUUGGAAUUGCAGUAGUUCCAUCGGUUCUAUUAGCUCUAGGAAUGGCAAUUGCUCCAGAAAGUCCCCGUUGGCUUUUCCAGCAAGGGAAAGUCGUUGAAGCUGAAAAGGCUAUUAAAACACUAUAUGGAAAAGAAAGAGUUGCUGCCGUUAUGCAUGACUUAAGAACAGCGAGUCAAGGUUCUUCUGAACCCGAAGCAGGAUGGCUUGAUCUGUUUAGUAGCCGAUAUUGGAAAGUUGUCAGUGUUGGGGCAGCGCUUUUCUUGUUCCAACAGUUCGCUGGAAUAAACGCUUUGGUGUAUUAUUCAACUUCCGUGUUCCGCAAUGCUGGAAUUGCUUCUGAUGUUGCCGCAAGUGCCCUGGUUGGCGCAUCAAAUGUCAUAGGAACUGCUAUUGCUUCCUCCUUGAUGGACAAACAAGGGAGGAAAAGUCUCCUUAUCACGAGUUUUACUGGGAUGGCUGCUUCUAUGUUGCUUCUUUCUCUCACUUUUAGUUGGAAGACCCUUGCACCGUAUUCCGGUCCUCUUGCGGUCCUAGGGACUGUUUUCUAUGUCCUAUCCUUCUCUCUCGGUGCUGGUCCUGUGCCCGCCCUUCUUCUACCGGAGAUAUUUGCUUCGAGAAUUAGAGCAAAAGCAGUUUCUUUGGCAUUAGGCACACAUUGGAUCUCCAACUUCGUCAUUGGCCUCUCUUUCUUGAGUGUUGUGAACAAGUUCGGUAUCAGCUCGGUGUACUUGGGAUUCGCAGCUGUAUGUGUUCUUGCUGUUUUGUACAUAGCUGGCAACGUUGUGGAAACAAAAGGUCGCUCGUUGGAAGCAAUUGAACGCGCACUUAGCUCUCAAGCUUGA